GGACCGUACUUUGACCCCCUGAUAAUUCCUAUGCUCGAGAACGCCAAUCCCACAUUAUUUCCUCUGCGACCGCGUGAUCUACGAACCCUUGACGACCUAGAAUCGGUGGAGGACUCAUGGGACGGGACACGCCAACCGAUUGAUGCGGCCGAAAUUUUUGAGCAUGUUCGUGAUAUUCGUGACCCAGAGCACCCGCACACCUUAGAGGCUCUCGGCGUCGUCUCUGACCAAACAAUCGAGGUGGAUGAUUCUCUCGGUCGUGUCUCUGUUCGUUUCACUCCCACCAUUCCCGGAUGCAGUAUGGCGACUCUAAUAGGGUUGGCGAUCAAAGUGAAGUUGUUGCGCUCUCUACCCCGUCGUUUCAAGACGGAAGUUGUUAUAACACCUGGCACACACGACACGGAGGAUGAGAUUAACAAGCAACUUGCCGAUAAGGAGCGCGUUGCUGCCGCAUUGGAGAAUCCAGCUUUGCUGAAACUUGUAAAUGAGUGCUUAGCACCAAACCUCAAUCCGGAUACAGCUGUCCUUGACAGAUAGCCCAGGUGGAUUGCAUCCAAACGCUGUUGAACCCCAUACACUAUUGUGCACAUUUCUUGAAAUGCACCUUUCACUAUUUUUGAAGUACACUUCUAAUACCAUUUACUGUUGUCUUUCAUGCCGUUAUUU